CAGUUCACGUUCAGCGUUCAGACGGGGAAGUAUUGUUCUGGAUUUAUCUCCAACUUUGGUGCUUGGCCGCUCGUGUAGCCAGAAAAACGAGUGAUCAAAUAAAGAAUCAGUGUUGAUUAGUCAGGCACGGACUGAGGUGUCAAGCGGUAGUGCAAAUAUUGCUGGAAAUCGUGAUUUCAAAGGAUUACUCUGCUACGUUGUGGGAGUUGAGAAACACCAAGUUACUGUUUUAGUGUUGGCAGGAGUGGAUCUGCCAACACUAUCCCUAGAGGCGUUUUUUUCUCACAGGUGUCUGUGUUCCCCGCCGCCCUCCGUCAAAUGCCAGGGAUUUCAGGGCUAAGGACCGAAGCCGACGAGCCCUGGGGAGCGUGGUGUGGAGGCACCAAGAUAUCGUCAGUGUGGCCCCAGGGCGGGUCGGCACCGACCACGCCCGCGCCGCCCGUCCACCUGGCCCUGCCCCUCACCACCACCCACAAGGAUAUGGACCCGCUGGACGAUGACGACGUCAACUCGCUUCACGAUGACAAGGACGUGUCCGGGGCGGACGCUGAGGGGGUGUGGUCUCCAGACAUCGAGCAGAGCUUCCAGGAGGCUCUGGCCAUCUACCCUCCCUGUGGCAGACGCAAGAUUAUCCUCUCAGACGAGGGCAAGAUGUAUGGUCGGAAUGAGCUCAUUGCUCGCUACAUCAAGUUGAGGACGGGCAAGACGCGGACCAGAAAGCAAGUGUCCUCUCACAUCCAGGUGCUGGCCAGACGCAAGCUGAGAGAGAUCCAGGCCAAGCUUAAGGGCUGCACGUCUGAUGAAAAUGGCGGAAUGUUGAGACUGGAUUCUGCCACAAAGGAGAAGGCACUUCACACAAUGUCCUCCAUGUCAUCCGCGCAGAUUGUCUCUGCGACAGCGAUGCACAGCAAAACAUCACUAGGUCUACCCCCACCACCAGUCUCAUAUGCUAGUGCUUUCUGGCAGGGAGGAUUACAGGCUGGAACAAGUCAGGAUGUUAAGCCUUUUGCUCAGUCUCCUUUUGGUAUGGGUGGAGAGACCAAACCCCCAGUAGGAGGUAUGGGUGGCUUACUUCAACCUGCUGCUGCUCCAUCUGUCACAGUACCACCAUGGGAAGGAAGAUCCAUCGCUACACAGAAAUUACGACUUGUGGAGUUCAGCGCCUUCAUGGAGUCCCAAAGAGACCCCGACACAUAUCAGAAGCAUCUAUUCGUACACAUAGGUGGGCCAACAACGUAUGCAGAUCCUAUAUUAGAGGCGGUUGACAUUCGACAAAUCUACGACAAGUUUCCCGAAAAGAAAGGUGGCCUAAAGGAACUUUAUGACAAGGGACCUCAAAAUGCAUUCUUCCUUGUUAAAUUCUGGGCUGACCUAAAUGUUAACAUCCAAGAUGAGUCUGGGACAUUCUAUGGUGUCACAAGCCAAUACGAAAGUCCUGAGAAUAUGACAAUCACUUGUUCCACAAAAGUGUGUUCAUUUGGCAAACAAGUUGUAGAAAAAGUUGAAACAGAAUAUGCUCGGUUUGAGAAUGGCCGAUUUGUGUAUCGCAUCCACCGCUCGCCCAUGUGUGAAUAUAUGAUAAACUUUAUUCAUAAACUUAAACACUUACCAGAGAAAUACAUGAUGAAUAGUGUGCUGGAGAACUUCACCAUUUUACAGGUAGUAACAAACCGGGACACUUUAGAAACACUAUUGUGUGUGGCAUAUGUGUUUGAAGUAUCUACGUCAGAGCAUGGUGCGCAACAUCACAUUUACCGUCUAGUUAAAGACUAACAGUACGCCCCAGGACAGCUCAUCUUUGCGUCAUAUCAGACGCUGAGCUGGCUUUUUGUGUAGCACUAUGCUCCACAAUGCAGGAAAUGCCUUGCAAAGGAUUACAGCUGUGCGCCUGUGUAACUCAUCUGUUGCCUACAAGUGCUUGGUUACAUUAAAAAAUUCAUCUUGGUCCUAGGCAUCAGUCAAAAAGGAAGCUCACACUCCCAAGGUUGUACUGCAAGGUUUGGCAGCUUACCCCAUACCAGUUAAAGUGUCCUAUACAGAGAUGUCCCAGCAUAUUGUGGCAGCUGUUCACCAGGCCAGUGGCAAAAUUGACAGACAGCUACGAAGUCGAGUCAAGGACCACCAUUAAAGGCACUUAUGAUAAUGAAACUAUGAUACUCAAAUACUGCAGAUAUUGCUUGCAUGUGUUUUCUGCAAUGUAACAGCAUUAGUAGUUCAGUAUUGGUUACUGGUGUAUCAUACAGAGAUUUUGUGAUCUGAUAUUCAGAUAUACAGCUCUGGAUGUGCAUAGCACUACUUUAAAAGGCAUAUGAUACAUUAUAUAGAUACUUAUAUGAAUCAUUGAACUUUAUUGAAUAUGAUACAAGUGGUAUUGAUGGUUGCAUAAUAAAAUGUACAGAUAUAUAUAUACUUAUAAGGGUGGCAGAUAGUGUGUGUGUGGGGAGGAGUGAGUGUGAUCUGCUCUGUGCCUCGUUGACAAACCAUAUACUGUAUAGUGUGCUGGCUGCUGCCCAUCCAGUUCAUCAACAUGCAAAUACAUUGUAAUGCCUACUGUACUUAAAAACACACCUGCAUUAUCAAAUCACGCAAUGCAUAUUGUGACUAUCCAAAUGUGAACAAAGUGAUUAAAUAUUUUUGUAAUUUAUACUCGGAGAAAAUGAAAUCUGUUUGCAAGUCCAUGGUGAGGCAACAUUAUGACAGUGUCUUUCACAUCUUAAUAUUGUAUUAUAUAUUACACUGUUUCUCUCCACUUUGUACAAACUAUCAUUGAAGGCUGUUACUGCCCAAAUAAGCAGCUUCUAACGAUUGUUCUACACAUAUCGCUUUACUUUUUCCCCCCAAUCCUCUGUAGUUUAGGAAUGUCAGUGUUUAAGAACUGUUGGAUAGUCUAGAUAUCGAUGGGGCAGGAAGGUCGCAUGUUGUUUGCACACACCCUUAACCUUUAAAUAUGCAACAUGCGUCCCUCUAGAGCCACCUGUAUACCGGUAGAUCAUUAUUAUUAUUAUUAUUAUAAUUAUUAUUUCUCUUUGCAAGUUGUGAUGUUGUUAGGGAAUUUUUUGUGAUCUCAGAUGUUCUUAUCCAAAGGCUUUAAAAGUCAGGAGGUGAAGUUUAUGAAUGGGAAUAAUUGUGUUGCAAUUCACUGCGUUGCUGUUUUAGUGCCAAGACAUGUAUGUGGAUACACUGAAGAACUUGUUUUGUGCAACAUAACCAUCAUCAGUAUGUUGUUAUAGUCUUAUUCUUUUAUACAAAUAAGUAAAGAUUGCCAUAUUAAAUGAUAAUUUGUGCUAAUUCGUAUCAGAGGCUUUUCUCAUUUUGCACUCAUUUGUGAGAUAUGGUCGCAAGCACACAAAGUGCCUUCAUUGUUUAGCCAUUCUAUUCCUUGCAAUCUGAGGAACAGUAAAAUUAGAGUAUAGUAUAUCUAUUUGAAAACAUGAAGAAAAAUUAUGUAGAAUGUACAGUUUAAGUUAUGACAGAAUUUUUGCCCCAUGGCCUAUUGUUUCCAAUUGUAUAAUGGCUUCUCCAUAAGAUGUAUAUCCUCAGAAUGACAAGGAAAGGCAGCUUGACUAUCCAGGCAACUACCUCUCCUGUCCGUCAAAACCCAAUCAGACACAACACGUUUCCACACUAUCCUGUGAGAGUGCGAAGCCUAAUGACGCAUUAUCUUGGGAUGGCCAACAUCUUUGGCAAGUUUUUUUUUUUUUUUUUUUUUUUAAUUCUUCACUACUGACUUCAUGUAUCAAAACUAAAGGUGCUGUUUUUGAUCACAAUGUAUGUGAAUUCUCCAUUAUGUUUUAGUUUGCCAUCAUUAUCAAGUUUUAAUAUAAACUUAAAAACAUCCAGUAUAGAGUGGGGAAUUAAGCUCCUUAUUCUGACAUUACUGUAAGAUGACCAACCCACCUUUAGAGUAGAUAAUCCAAGGCCAGGUCUUAAAGUAUUAUGAAGUUUUCAAAGUCCAGAUUCUGACUGACUGCUUGUUGUCAGCUGUAAACGUACGAGACGUAUGGAAAGUUUAGCAGGUGAAGAGUAGUCUAGUUAAGAUUCUCAAAACUUCCAUAAUACUUUAAAACAGAGGUUCUAAUGUGGCAUUUUGUGGCAUGCUGAGGCUUAAGCCAGAAACAACUCAGUAUUAAUGAUGUGGUUUUGAAGUAUAGAAUACAGGAUCGCAUUUUUUCAUAUGUAGUCAUUUUUUCUGUGAAGGAAAUAAAUUCUCAGUCCUUUUUAAAGGAUCACCAAUGUAAACUUCUGCUAUAGGUAAAUUCCGUUGUCAGGAUGAUGCAAGUGACAUUUUCUUCUGUUUUUACAUCACAGUUUUCCUUGGUUUUAAUUCAUGUGUUUGAAAGCUUAUGUGUAGACAGAGAUAUUAAUGUUACAGAUACCAUCCCUUAAUGUUAGUGAGCAGUUGUUCAAAUAACAUGACAAAAGAGCCUCAUGAUUACUGUGAUAAAGGAACAUAGUGGAUAUAAUAUCCACCAAAUGAAAAAUUGCUGUUAUUACAUGCCACGGAGAGGUUAUUGUAUUUUAAAUGCAUUACAUAUAUAGUUUGUUAAUAAUGUAACCAAGGAUGCAAACAGAAAAAAAACUUUCAUUACUUAUUUAAAUCAAGCACAUCAAAUUUCUUCCCAUAAAGCAAAGGCCUUCAAUCACCAAUCACGACUGUAGAACUGACAUGUCUCUGUUCAGUUCUUAGGGACGGAGUUUUAGGCAAUGACGUAACUGAGUUGAGUCUGAGUUCCAGAUAUAAAAAAAAGUUUAUAUUUUAGUAAAACAUUAUAAUGAUAUAUUGACUUAGAACUGUCAUAGACUAUGUUAUGCAAAAUAUUAUUUGAUGAAAGAGUUUAGGUUUUAUUAGAUAAAUCCCUAAAGAGUACAUAUUUUAAUUCACACUUUACUCAGACUGAAAGCAGUUAAGACUUUGUCUAAAGUUUGUCACUGAAUAUGACUUUGUUAUAAACUGUGUUUCUUGACCAUUUAUAAGUUGACAGAAUUAUUGGCUGAAACAGUGUUUGCCCAACUGAAUGUGGUAGACUGGAUGAAAUACCAUUUUGUACAGUUGUAUAAAAUAGACAUUUUUACGUGA